AUGAUUGAAGUGUUUUCAAAGAAGAGACUUCUUGCUUUUCUGGGAGUCGUUGUCUUGGUCACAGGGGCAGCACUUAUUUUAAACAGCCAUUGGGAAUACAACAAGCAGUUAGCAAAGCAAGAAGAAGUCAUCAGGAACAAAGCUAGGAAAAGUGCACCAUGUGAAACAUUCUCAGUGGUGUCCAGAUGUGAACGAUGUUCUAAGCAAGAGCUGCGAGAUCUAGUUCCUGUUUGUUCUGAGACUGGCCACAAGGAACGUAUCAAAUGUGACUCUGGGAAAGAAGACUUUAUUUGGUGUGACAUUUCCCCAGCAGUUGAGGAAGCAGACUUUUGGAAGUUCCAGCUAUGCACACUUGUGCUGGGUUUGUCCUCCUAUGCUGUAGUUUAUCUCCGCCAGAAAAAGUUAGACAAAAGAUUAAUGGAGAAGAUCAACAAACAAAUUGCUGCGGGCGUAUAA